AUGGCUAUUGGUACGGAAGUAGAAGCUCACCCAUUCGACCCAGUGGCUUCAAAGCUUGCUUGGGAACAAGUGUUCAAGAACUUCUAUGGCCAGACCACAGACAAAGCCGUUGUUGCAGAAGAAGAGGCUAAGUUAGCUAAGGUCCUUGAUGUGUACGAGGCUAGGCUCAAGGAGUUCAAGUAUUUGGCUGUGUUCAAGAACUUCUAUGGCCAGACCACAGACAAAGCCGUUGUUGCAGAAGAAGAGGCUAAGUUAGCUAAGGUCCUUGAUGUGUACGAGGCUAGGCUCAAGGAGUUCAAGUAUUUGGCUGGUGAAACUUUUACUUUGACAGAUCUUCACCACAUUCCUGUGAUUCAAUACUUGCUUGGAACACUCACCAAGAAGCUCUUCACCGAGCGUCCACGUGUCAACGAGUGGGUGGCUGAGAUCACCAAGAGGCCAGCUUCCCAGAAGAUCCUUCAGUGA